GUCUUCUGCCUUCAGUGCUGUCCCUGACUUCAUAAUCUUGUUGCUGGGUGAAUGGCAUCUUGUUACAUGGACUUGCUGUGUAGAGUGAAGGGAGCUGCCAGUACUCAGCUAUGUCUGAGAAGCAACGGGUUACCUGGAAGUGGGGAAAGCCCUGCCCUGCUGCUGGAAAUGCUCUGUCCUAGAUUUCAUGCGUUUCCCUCUCAAAUCUACAUAAUCCAGCUGUUCCCCCAAUGUCCCUUUCCUGGGGUCAGCAGUGCGGCGAGGGCGUUUUGUACUGAGAAUGUGGCAGCUGGUGAACAGACAGCUCUGAGCCUGAACCAUUCCAUGUAGCCACGUCGCUGCCCUGGAAGCCCUCUGGGGCUCCUCAGCCAGGCUGACGGAAGUGGCGAGGAGUUAGCACAGACUGCCACAAGGCAGAAGGUGGCUUUCAAACUUCAAUACUUAUCACAGUAGCUUCCCCCUUUCUGCGGUGUGGUGCUUUGCAUCUCUCAAAGCACUGCCCAGAAGAGAAGGAUUGGUCCAUCUCCCACCGGGGGAAAUCUGAGGCAGAGAGCCUGGGACCUGCCCAAAUCUGCAAAGGGAGGUGGUAUCAGAAGAGAUCAGGUUCUUGGGUGUUCCUGGCUCCAGUCCUGCGCUCGGGCCAGUAAGUGACUCAGCGUCAGUCUCUGCCCUUCUCCCACUUGGAGAGCUGCAGCUGGGUGGGGCUUUGCACAGACAUCCUUCACCCUACAGCGUUGGGAAUGUUUUUAUUGAAGGGUUUGUGUGUGUGUGUAUGAAGUCAUGUGCCAACGGUUGUUAAACAUGGGCCUCAUUAAACAUGCAGUCUGUUCCUUUGCAUUAUCGUGUGAAUUUCCUUCUGCAUGUUCCUGGCCAACACGGCCAGACUUACCUUUCCUGUGUUUGCAGUGUCCGCUUGCUGACUAGCCUCUGUCCUGUCCUCAAAGGCUUCUCUCAGCUGCCCUCCUCUGACUGGGCUAAUUUCAGUCAUGUUCCGACUGAUUCUACAGGCAACAAAGAGCUGUGCUGGAAAGAACUGGGCUGUGUUCGCUCAUGCCCUGACAGCGCAGAGCCCCACACACCCCGCACACACUGUUCCUAGUCACAGCUAUGGCCCCGCCCACGAGGAGCCAAUGAAACCAUCUCUGACGGCAGCAUGGCAUCCUGUGCCGCGGGGCCGGGAGCUGGCAUGCCUGGCGCGGAGACUCCCUGCCUCACUCUAGGCCUUAGUUUCCCGCUGCUGCAGCUUGGAGAUCGUGUUUGCCCACGUCGGGGAAGUGGUGACGGUGUUGUCACUCGCCGGAGCCACAAGAGCAGGGGCAGCUGAGUGGCACUGAAGCAAUGGGUUAAAUUCCGAGCGGUUGUGAGAGGUGAUGUAAGACUUGCAGCCCCGCAUUGGGCCGAGCGGCUGGGAGGUGCAUGCUCAGGAGCCGGUGAAGGUGUGACUGAAAGGAAGCGGGGGAGGGGGCAGCUAGUGUUGAAUUUUGCACCUUUUACACCCUCUUAGGGUUUUGGGUUCCUGUCUGGCCCCUCAGCUUGUGAGUUAUGUCACCCCCGCCCCCUCCCUGGGUGAUGUAGCGGGGAUGUGGGUGGGAGUCCGGGGUGAUGAGACAUGCACACAGAGAGGUGACUUGUCCCCUCUUGCAAUCCCUCUGGACUCAGCGGCUUGGGCCAGGUAUCUAAUCCCCACCUUGCUCCAGCCAUGGUGGCUCCAGGGUGCUCUGGGAGGCUGCAGGGCAUCAAGGGAAGGCUCCUCCCUCGGCCCCUUUGUGAGAUAGUGGGAGGCUGGCUGGGCGAGUUGCUCCAGCCGCGCUCUCCAGGCUGUGUUCGGUGCCACCCCCUCCCCGGGACGGGUGUGGAACAAACCAAACAAGCAAAGGUUACAACAGCAGUUCAGUCAACAGCAGCCUGCGAGGGAGAAAGGCGCCUGGGUGCUGAGCACCACCACCGCCUGCAGGAGCUCAGCCCAGGAGGAGGAGCUGGGAGGCUUUUUGCUCUGGAAUCAACAGAAAAGGCUACAGCCAGCAGCAUGGACACGACGAGUGGAGGGAACAACGUGUCAGCGCUGUCCAACGACAAGAUCUUUGUGCUGACUCGCGUCUACCUGGCGGCCUUAUCUCUGAGCCUUGUCGGCAGCAGCUCGGUCCUUGCUGUAGCCACCCUCAGGAGGAGGUGCUUCCACAGCCAGCUGCGCCCCCUCUUCCUGCUCUCCCUGGCAGACUUCCUGGCUGCCUUGGUGCUGAUCAUCACGGCUGCCAUCCAGCUGCUUCCAGCCCAGCUCUUCAUCCUGGCUUACGAGUUCUGCCCCUACGGCCUGAUGCUGGCCAUGAUGUUCUACGCCAUCUCCUUCCUGAUGGUCAUUGUCUACGCGUACGAGGUGAACCGCACCAUCCGUGGCUGGAGAGUGACGCACGAGCCAGCUCCGCAGGAGAGAAGCAGGUGCAUGGAGAGGGCGCAGCACUGCCUGCCCUACGUCCUGGCCUGGCUGCUCCCCGCCCUCACCUUCCUGGGCCAGCUGCUGUUCAGAGGCACGUCGGUGAGAGACAUCGCUCCCACCUCCCUCAAACCCGUCAUGCCCCAUACGGCCAACCGCUCCCGAGGGGCCGACAGCCUGUACUGCUCCAGCUGCCUGAUCCUCAUCCACCGCUCCCAGGACGUCUGCUAUAAGUACGUGGGCGGGAAGGACACCGGCCUGGAGAUGAAAAUCCUCUUCUUCAUGUACCUGCUGCUGGUGCUCAGCUGCAGCACGUUCCUCUACUGCAGGGUGAAGCGCUGGUGCAGGAGGAACAAUGAGGUGCGGUUGCUGAACAUGGAGAAUGACGGCUUCGCCAGCAGGAACAUCCAGAGCGUGUGCAAAAUUUCUCGCUGCUUCCAGCUGGUUUUCCUGAUCUGUUGGACACCAGGUGCCCAGGAGCAGGACAGGCCAAUGUUUCCUCUCCCCGCUGCAGGCUGCCUGGCUUCCACUUGGAAGGGGCUGCACAUUCGCAGUGAAGCUGCGUGUGUACAGAAGCACUGCUUUCCUGCUCAGCCUCCUCUCCUUCACCAGCAUCGAGCCCACCUCCAUCUUUGCACUGCAUGUUGCCAUGGCCCUGACCAUGUCCCUCCAAGGGCUCCUGCACAGUUUGGUCUAUGGCUGGCUGCGGCAGAACUUCCGCCAGGAGGCUCUGGGGGAGACGCUCCCCUUGAGAUACUACCCCGGCCUCAAAGCCUUCUACGAUGAGUCGUUUGGGGUUGAGUGCUAGGAGAGUGCCUGCAUCGUUCUCUGCUGAUGGGCACUACACAGCUUCUCUCCCCACUGGGGGCUGAUCCCCCUGGACACUGCACCAGGCAACAGUUAGGUACUAAGGAAUCAGCCCUGUACUGACUUUGUGGUGCAGCCUUCCUGGAAAACAGGGACCUGCACUGAUUUCACCACCCUCCUGGAUUUUGAGAAAUAACUUUGCAAACACAGAGUUAUAGCCACACCUGCUCCUGGAAGCAAGCUGGCUGGAGAGGCUGCUCCUUAAUCAAAGUAGCAAAAUCAUUAGCAACUGUCGUGUGACCAACUGUGGUUUGCUUAAGGAGUGUUAAAGGCCCAGAGCUGAUGCUGGCUGCAAGGGAGAAGAGGCCAAGAUCUCACUCAAAUUCCCUCCCCCAUACACUACUGUCCUUCCCUCAUCUCUAAAGUAGCUUCUGCAAAAGGCUGGGAGUGGCAGCCUCCCCUCACCUCCCCAGUGGGGCUGCUCCAGGCUUCCGUGAGAGGGACGGGAGCUUGAAGGAACGAUGGCUAUCACUACGACAAGGCCACAGCAUUUAGAGGAGAAGCUCUGUGGAGCAAUUCUCUUGCACAAUUGAUUGAUUCCAUUAUCGGUGGGGCCUAGAGCCCCAGUCAUGGAGCAGGCCCCUGUCUGUGCCAGGCGCUGUACCCAGCUCUGAGUGCGUUCGUGGCCUGGGAACUCACAGGGUCUCUUUCCAGCCCAUAAAUUCAAACAACAUGGACAGAGAUAACUGGGGUGCAGAGAGCUCCCAUGAGGGAUGUGGGCAUCCCCCCACUACUGGCAAUGGAAUCUUGUGGCUGGCCAGAGGAGGCAGGAGAGCUUGCUUGGCCCUCAAUUGCCAUCUUUACCCACUUGAGAAUAAAAAACCUUAACCCUU